CACAUCCACUAGGACAGUCACGGAAAACUUCCAGCUGUCUGUCUCCCUCAGCGUGUCUAUGACAACUUCACGGCCGGCCACGCGCACGCAGCCACCCCCCCUGCCCAUGAUGAGCACUCUAAUGAGCAAUGAUAAGAAGUCAGCAGCUCACGGGUGUACCAAUACCCAUGUCAUGUGCCCAGCCCAACACAGGCAGCAGCAGCAGACACGACAGUCCCCAGUGAGCGCAGUGAGUGACGACACAUGCAGAGCAGACAAAUAGUGUGGUGUGGUGUGCUUGUUUGUUUUCAACCUCAUCCAUUCCCCAUCAUCCCAUUCCCCCCGCCCCCAUCCAUCUAACGAUCGAUCCCUCAGGUCCUCAGUGCCUCUUCGAGUGAGCAACGGAUGUACUCGACCUUCCCGUCCGGCCGCGCAAUUAUCAUCAGGUUCCUCUGCUCCUGCACACACACACACACACACAUACAUAGACAGACAUCGAUCCAUCCAUCCAUCAGGGUGUCAGUCAUGUCACUGUGACCGCAUCGGCCUACCGCCCGCACCUUGACUGGUUUUCGUUUCUUGUUCGGGUGGUACAUGUGGCAGUAGGGGCACUCGAGGCCGUUCAUGCAACCCUUGGGGCUCCAAUAAAACAUGCACGGCCGACAGCCGCGUGGAUGGUCAACGCUGCCCAAGCUGCAGCAAUCAAGAGGCAUGGCCCAAGAGAGACACAGAGAGGGGGCCAUCCAAGCGUGUCUCACAACAAUGUCGUCCUCUCACCUCCUUUCGCCCAUUUCCAUCUCGUCAGCGUCGAAAUCCCACUCGGGCGGCAGGUUCAUCGACACACUCCUCAUGCCGCCGCGCAUCGCAGGGGGGCCCCACCCCCUCACCAAACCUCCCCCCCUAGUCGGCUCCCCGACCGCCCCAAACACCCCCCUGCCCACCUGCUGCGGAUGCACACGCUCGUCCGAGUCGUGCCACAAGUUGUUGGCCGAGAAGCUGUGGGCCACCGCCGGGUUUUUGCGGUACACCUCGUCCUGACGGACAUGCGGGGCGGACCGGAGAGGGGCCCGGCCGGUCCGCACUCGCUCCUGCGGCACCGGCAGUAUCUGUGGCUGCGUGCGAAUCGGCGGCUGCAGGAUGAUCGGCAUAGAAUGCUGCUGUUGCUGCUGUGGCGGGGCCACCGAUGGCUGCUGCUUCGGUGCAGCGAGGAGCGAAGAGGAAGCCGGUGGGGCAGUGAGGGGGUUGGGCGGUGCCAUAGGGGGCGGCGGGACGAUUGGUCCAUAGGGAGAGGGGAAUAGCUGACUGGUCUCGGGAAUGGGCGGAGCGGGCUGCCUCCAGGGCGUGUAGUUCUCCGCAGUGAGGGCAUUCUGCGCCUGUGACCGUCGGGAUGGUGGCGAGGGCCCAGGGCUGGCCUCGACGCUCAUCCGCGGCAAGUCGAAGCACUCACGCAGCAUCGACGACGUCCCCAGCAUCGAAAAGACAGACGAUCUCGCACCGCCAAACUGUCCACUCACCAUGCUGUCUUCAUCGCGCCACGCGGACGAUUCGGUCGCAUCAAACCCGUCAGAAGCCACGCAACUCGCUCUCUCGACGCCCUGCUCGGGCGUGUCGGCGCGCGACCUCCCCUGAUACAUCGGCUCCAUCCCCGGCACCGCCAGAAAGUGGCGGAAUGGCGAGUAGUUGGCCGGGGAGGUGGGGGGGAAGUGGAUGGAUCUCCGUGGCUGGGCCUGUGUUUCUACUUCGUUGGCGCCUUCUGGCCUGUCAGGUGUGGGCGCGCGGCUUGUGGACGGGGAGGGGGUUGCUGGGGUGGGUUUGUAGAGCAGAGAGUGGAUCUGGCUGGCCCGGCGGUUCUCCAUGCGAAUCGACGAGAGAGAGGUGUCCUGAACGAGUCAUUGCCACAGAGACACAAACAGGUGGGUGGUUCUGCAUGCUGCGUGUGUCUGUCCGUCCGUCCGUCCGUCCGUCCGUCUGUCCGUCUGUCUGUCUGUCUGUCUGUCUCACUCCGUCGUUGAUCGAGGCACUGCGAUAUCCCGGGGCCGCCUGGUCGGCCCGAGGGUCGGCCAUGUUCAUGCUCUUGCUCCGGCUGCGAUCCACAAACACACCAAUGUCGGCCACCGCACGCUCCACCGACCCAUCGUCAAAACUCACGCGCACACGAUACCGUGUCUCCUCCCCCACCGGCCCCCCUCUUCCAUCCCCAAGCCCCUCAAAAGGCUCAUCAGCCGCCCGCGCCGCUGCAUCAACCUCCAGAGGCUGUGAGUUGAACCGCAGAAUGGACACCGGGGGGGCCUGGCCAAUCUCACACAGCGAGCUCGACCGCCGCAGUGAGCCGUCGAGGCCCACACCAGAGAAGCUGUAGGGACCCUGGUGGUUCCGUUUUGGUGGGGUGAACCACUCAGGAGUUGAUUCGUCGUCUGCCCCGGCGUGUGACUGCCCGCUGUUGACGUAGCGGUUGGGGCUGAGGGCCUCGAAGCCGGGCGGCACCGCGGAAGGGCUGUCGGUCUGAUCAGAGAGAGCUCGCCGAGCAGCGCCGGACACGUCACGGGCCACGAUGGCACUGCUGUCCUGGAAGGAGAUGAAGGUGUUCUUAACUGGGAAGGGUAAUAGAAGAGAAACAUACAGUGAGACUGCGAGGCUGUUGCCUCUCUUUGUCUGUGUGUGAAUGGCUGCUCACCAAGUCCCUUCUGGACCAGGCUGGGCGAGAGGUCGCUCACGUCAGACGGGGGAAUGUCCAGAAUCCCCUCUUGCGGCUGGGGAUGGUGGGGGGCGGGAACGGUGGCCUCGCGCUUGGGGAGCCACUGACCACAGUGGCCCUCUCCCCUCCCUCUCCCUCUGGCUCGACCGCGCCCUCGGUGGCCCCGAUGGUCGAAUGUUCUUCUGUUGUGAUGCACCCACUGGCAGGGCCUGCCGUAGAACAUCCCCGUAACCUCCUCAGUAUACGUAAGGAAAAAGAUAUAUAUACCCGGGUGCGGGAGAGGACCGACCCACACCUUAC